CACUGGAAGCCCCCUUCAGUGUUUCUCUGAUCUGUUUUGCUGAUCACAAAUGCAUAUCCGACUUCGUCUCCCCUCUUCUCAGUGUGACAGGUGCAACAAAGCCCAAAUCCAAAUUCAGCUGAUUUUGGUUCCCCGUGUAGACCAAUGGAGGCGCGCGUCUGGCUGUCGCCGGCGGGGUUUCGGCUGAUAGUCGGCCACCUGUGCCAAUCAUGACGCCUGUGGGAGGAGCUAAGCGCCUCAGAGGUGUGUCUGAAAUAAUUCGAGUCUGCAGCUGCAUUUCGCGUCUAAGUCGGGGAGUAUUGGCAUGAUUUCUGUGCUUCAUGCCGUCUAGAAACGCUUCUUGUUUUUGGUUAAAAACCAUGUCCGCUUUCAUUUGAGUCACACAUCAGGCUUGAAUGAACAGAGAGGCGAGCUAAAGCACAGUCCGGGUAAACUGCAAACUUACUCAGAGGCUGCACCACAAGUCUGCAAAACUCGCGAUCUGAGGAGACACCAGACCAGACGCAAACGAAAUCAUCAUUUAGGAAGGAGGGAUACGCUUUUGGACAUGUGAACUUAAAGGAGAUACCUGUCAAGCACAACCAUGAAACCGACGACUGUCCUUUGCUGCUUCAGCUUUCUCCUGCUGCUUGGGUUCGGCUCUUCUCAAUCAGUGUGUACUGGUACCGAGAACAAGCUGAGCACAUUGUCUGAUCUGGAGCAGCAGUAUCGCACGCUGAGAAAAUACUAUGAAAACUGUGAGGUCGUGAUGGGCAACCUCGAGAUCACGAGCAUCGACCGAAGUCGCAACCUCACAUUCCUCAGGUCUAUUCGAGAAGUCACGGGCUACGUGUUAGUGGCUCUUAACCAGUUUGACCACCUGCCACUGGAGAACCUGAGGAUUAUUCGAGGAACAAAGCUCUACGAGGACCGUUACUCUCUUGCAAUCUUCCUCAAUUACAGACGUGAUGGAAACUUUGGCCUGCGACAUUUGGGUCUCAUAAACCUUGCAGAGAUUCUUUACGGAGGAGUGUACGUUGACCAGAACAAGUUCCUCUGCCAUGCGGACACAAUCCACUGGCAGGACAUAGUGAAAAACCCAGGGUUCCAUCCCGUAGUUGUGCCUACCAACAGCAGUGUCACAUGCCCAAAAUGCCAUCGCUCCUGCAACGGACGCUGCUGGGGGCCAAAGGACAACCAGUGUCAAAGCUUAACAAAAACGGUGUGUGCUGAGCAAUGUGAUGGACGCUGCUCUGGGCCCUACGUUAGCGACUGCUGCCAUCGCGAAUGUGCAGGAGGCUGCUUUGGACCAAAGGACACAGACUGCUUUGCCUGCACAAACUUCAACGACAGUGGGGCUUGUGUUACCCAGUGUCCUCAGCCAUUUUUCUACAAUCCUACAACCUUCCAACUGGAGCACAACCCUAGUGCAAGAUACACCUACGGAGCGUUUUGCGUCAAAAAGUGUCCACAUAACUUUGUCGUGGACCAUAACUCCUGUGUAAGAGCAUGCCCCACCAAUAAGAUGGAGGUGGAAGACAAUCACAUUAAGAUGUGCAUCCCUUGUACUGACAUCUGCCCAAAAGCAUGUGAUGGAAUAGGUACGGGCACCCUUCAAGCAGCUCAGACGGUGGACUCCAGCAACAUUGAUAAGUUUGUUAACUGCACCAAAAUCAACGGCAACUUGGUCUUUCUGAUCACUGGAAUCAAAGGGGAUGUCUAUCACAACAUAGAAGCACUGGACCCAGAGAAGCUCAAUGUUUUUCGGAGUGUUCGGGAAAUCACAGGUUACCUUAACAUCCAAUCUUGGCCUGACAACAUGACUGACCUGAUUGUUUUCUCCAACCUGGCAACUAUUGGAGGAAGAGCAUUAUACAGUGGCAUUUCCCUGCUGGUGCUGAAACAACAAGGGAUCUCCUCGUUCUUGCUUCAGUCACUAAAGGAGAUCAGUGCAGGAAAUGUGCACAUUGCUGAGAACAAACAACUUUGUUAUUACAACACUGUUAACUGGACAAGGCUGUUCCGAUCUCCAAACCAAAAGGUUCUGGUCCGUAACAACCGAAACCCACUGGAAUGCGCAAGGGGUCACAUGGUCUGUGACCCGCUAUGCUCAGACGAUGGCUGUUGGGGUUCCGGCCCAGACCAGUGCCUGUCCUGCAAGUUCUUCAGUCGUGGACGAUCUUGCAUUAAAAGCUGCAACCUUUAUCAAGGGGAGAUUCGAGAGUAUGCCAACGGGUCAGUGUGUGUGGAGUGCGAUUCCCAAUGUGAACAAGGAGACGACAACACUUUGACUUGUCAUGGCUCGGGCCCAGAGCAUUGUGUGAAAUGCCUUCAUUUCAAGGACGGUCCAAACUGUGUUGAAAAGUGUCCCGAUGGGUUGCAGGGGGCCAGCAGCUUCAUCUUCAAAUACGCUGAGGCCAACAACGAAUGCCAUCCCUGCCACCCUAACUGCACCCAGGGGUGCAUUGGACCAAGACUCCAGGACUGCAUUGGCUGGAUGGACAGAACUCCUCUAAUUGCAGCCGGAGUGAUUGGUGGCCUCUUCAUGGUGGUGAUCAUGGCACUCAGCGUGGCCGUGUCUGUGCGGCGGAAGAACAUUAAGAAGAAGAGGGCCCUUCGCCGUUUUUUGGAAACGGAGUUGGUUGAACCUUUGACACCAAGUGGAACAGCUCCUAAUCAAGCCCAGCUUCGCAUCCUGAAAGAAACUGAACUUAAAAGAAUCAAGAUCUUGGGAUCUGGAGCUUUUGGAACUGUGUACAAGGGUAUUUGGAUCCCAGAAGGUGAAACAGUGAAAAUACCUGUGGCCAUUAAAAUCCUCAACGAAACCACCGGACCAAAGGCCAAUGUGGAGUUCAUGGAUGAGGCUCUGAUCAUGGCGAGCAUGGAGCACCCUCACCUGGUGCGACUGUUGGGUGUGUGCCUGAGUCCCACCAUCCAGCUUGUUACACAGCUGAUGCCUCACGGCUGUCUGCUUGAUUAUGUCCAUGAGCACAAGGACAACAUUGGAUCACAGCUAUUGCUCAACUGGUGUGUCCAAAUCGCCAAGGGAAUGAUGUAUUUGGAGGAGCGCAGGUUGGUCCACCGAGAUUUGGCAGCUCGAAACGUUCUGGUCAAAUCUCCAAACCACGUUAAGAUAACCGACUUUGGACUGGCUCGACUGCUGGAUGUCAAUGAGAAAGAAUACAACGCCGAUGGAGGAAAGAUGCCUAUCAAAUGGAUGGCGCUGGAGUGCAUCCAUUACAGGAAGUUUACUCAUCAGAGUGAUGUUUGGAGCUAUGGUGUAACUAUAUGGGAGCUGAUGACCUUUGGAGGAAAACCUUAUGAUGGAAUUUCAACCAGAGAUAUUCCAGAUCUGCUGGAAAAAGGAGAGCGACUUCCCCAGCCGCCCAUCUGCACGAUUGAUGUCUACAUGGUCAUGGUCAAAUGCUGGAUGAUUGAUGCAGACAGUCGACCGCGGUUUAAAGAGCUGGCUGCAGAGUUCACUCGAAUGGCACGUGAUCCCCAGCGAUACCUGGUCAUUCAGGGGGAUGAUCGCAUGAAGCUGCCAAGUCCCAAUGACAGCAAGUUUUUCCAGAGCCUCCUGGAGGAAGAAGAAUUAGAGGACCUAAUGGAUGCAGAGGAGUACUUGGUGCCCCACUCCUUCAACAUUCCACCUCUUGCAUACACGCCUCACUCCCGCAUGGACUCCAGCAAGACCCAGUUCAACUGCCAGGAUCCCGGUGUGAGUUUAGAGGACAUACUGGCCUCCCUCCCUAGAGCAGUUCCACCCAUGUCUGGAGGAAACCUUUCUCCACAGGAGCUCGCUUCAGGAGCGCAGCUCAGCAGCAGAUUUGCUCAUGUCGGCCAGGAUGACCCCCGCUGUAACGGAACGCUGAGGAGGCAGGCCUCCCCAAGAUCAAGCAAGAUCAUUGCUGGUUCAACUCUCACUGCAGGACAAGGUGGAGCAGAGGACAGCAGUGCGCAGCGUUACAGCGCCGACCCCAUUGGUGCUUUGGCGGAACGUGGUGCCAAGGAUAAGGACAAAGAUGGCUUCAUAGCUGCUAUGAGAGACAAGAACACAUCAGAUUACCCCCACCCCGUUGAGGAGAACCCUUUCGUUGCACGUCGCAGGAAUGGGGAUGCCCAUGUGACAUUUGAUGGAGCGAGUUGCCACACCCUGCAUUUGGCCAGAGCAGCUGCAGCCCCGAAAAGCCAGCCCUCAUUUGGGGACGAGUACGUCAACGAGCCUCUGUACCUGAAUACAUUCCUUAACCCCGGGGACAAAAACAGAUUGGCUGUUGCUAGCUUAAUUUCUGGUUCCACACCUUCUAGUGUACAAUCACUUCAGCAGACAGUGAAUCCAUCAACCUCAAGCCACAAAGUUUCUAGCGCUGGGUAUGUAGUAACCCCCGGCCACCUUCCCCACCCAUCGUAUCCGUCACACACUUUGCAUCCAGGACAUUCAGGAAAAGCUCCGCACUCAGAUGUCACCAGCAACACCAUAAUGUUCGAAAAGAAAGGCAAGAAAACCACUUUUGACAAUCCAGAAUACUGGCAGCACAGUCUCCCUCCGAAGUCGUCAUUGCACAACCCUGAGUACCUGCAGGACUGCAGCACUCGUUUUUUUUACCGGCAGAAUGGACGCAUUCGACCCGCAGUGGCCGAAAAUCAGGAAUACUUGUCCGAGGCUGCUAUGAAAGCAGGUAACGUUUUGCCUCCCCCUCCAUACAGGCAGAGGAACACUGUGGUGUAGUGACCCACCUGUAGCACCCGAGGACUGACAGAUGUGGUGGAGAUUAAUACUCCUCUCUUUUCCAUGACGCACCUCUUCACCGUAAUCACCUUUCCUGAGCACUUCUGUGUCACAGCUGAUUGAAAAUCUUGUAGUCUUGCUCUGAAGAUCUGCCUUUUCAUGAAAGAACCAUAAUAACUGUCACAGAGAGCCUCAACUGACACCCUGACCAUCUUUACUAACUUUAUUCUCUGUGAUGAGCUCUAAAGCAAUUGUGAGCAAAGCUGUGAGAAUGACCUGGUGGAAUACAACUGAGUAUUAAAAAGAAAUCAAUACAAAUAGAACAAGUUAAAAAAUAGAAUUACACCUUCCCAAUGGGGAUUAUUUCACAAUCUUGCAGGAGUACUUCACCCUUUCAAAUCAGCAUAGUUCAAAAUCCCACUUGAUUUUUACUGGUCCGCCAUUGUGAAACAUGCAUUCAUCACAGCAGCUCUUAUUAUGGAUGGAACAAGUUAAGAAGUCUGAAGGCUUGACAAACCAACAAUAACUAUUCAUCAAAUCUCCUUUGAAAACGCAGACUGACAGAUGAGCCUGCUGCCCUGAAAAAUACUUUAUAAUUUCAAAAGACCUUGUGCUGGAAGACAGAGUGUGCUGGCAGAGGCGGUGGCACGAAGUCACCUGCUGUAGAGCAUGUUAUAAAUUAAGGAAUGACAGCGUUUGAACAUUUGGUUUUGUGAACACUUCAAAUCUCCACUUUUAUGUCACAUCUUUAAUAUACAACAAACUAAAUGUACCAGUUAAACAGCCAUAUCAAUAUUGACUUUGUGUUUUUUCUUUUACCAUCUGACUGGCAUUACCAAAUUCUGUGGUGAAAACUUUUUUAAAAACUUUUCAUACAUUAUUUAAUAAUUAUGGACUUAUUCAUUUUUUUUUUCAGAAUGUAAUUAUUGCCACUUUGUCUAUGACUUAAUUAAUUAACAGACACUGUGACAAGUUUAUAGGUGAAUUUACAAAAGUGUAAGAAAAAAGCAAUAUCAUAUCAAUGCCAGACAGAAAUGAUCCUUGAAGUUGUCUCUUUGGAACAUGGUGUGUCUGAAAGGUGUUUUAAGUCUAUAAAACCAGUUGUGUAAUGCACUUAUGUGUAUUAUUAAAAACAACAAUCCUCUUAAGUAACUCACAUUCAGGUCUCUCGUGUUUUGGAGGAGCACAUGGAGAAUCUGCAAGAACCUUUCUACAGAAAAUCUUUAAUACUUAACACAGUUACGGAAUAGGACACCUGCUUUUUUAAUGCUUUUUGACAUCACUAGUGAGAUGUGACAGUCUACUUUCCAAUGGUGAUACCCUAUUUUUGAGAUUAAAAACAAUACCAAUUGCUGUUUGCAUAAAUAUUCAGUACCAUUGAAUAUCAUUGAUUAUUGGUAAUAUCUUAUUGGUGAUUUUUUCCCCUCAAUCAUAGUGUUUGUAUCCUAAAAACAAAUGCCAUCAAAAUUGAUGAUGUACAAGUAUCUGUAUUUUGAUACCUUGGGAUUAAUUCUCCCAUCACUAGUUUCUAGCGUCCGGGACACAUAGAGUGUCACAGAGGCAUAAUGUAAUCCCAAUGAAAACUUGAAAGCACCAGAGACUGCUAAUUAGCUUAAUAUAGUUUAUAGUGAAAUACAUAUUAAGUUCUAUCUGCAUUUUACUGACAAACCAACUCCUCUAAAGAUUUCUUUUGAACAGGGCUGAAUGAAAAAUGUAUGUUCUUCUUCUUAAUAGAGUGGUAACUCAUGACAUUAGCAUGUUGCAGAGAAGCUUCUUAAUGCUACUUUUUCAUAAUGUUGGUGGAAGUAUCGUAAAUUAAAGAAAUACGUGACCCUGUAUUAAAAUUGAUAAACAGGAUUCUACCUCAUUAUUAAUAUUAGGGUGUUUCUUUUUUUUUUUGGUCACACUUUCUCACUUGCAUAUUUAGUCUGUAUUUUAAUUGGUUCUUAAUGUGUUGACUAACAAUCAUACAAAGGUUUUUUUUUUUUGGAUUAGCAAUCAUUAAAAGUAAAUGUUUUCGAUUUCACAUUUGCUGCUUUACUUGUAAUUUUUUUUUAUUUUACACAAAUAAUUGAUGUUCAUCAUCUUGAAUGAAGAUUUGUAUUGGUGCAUAGCAUUACCUUGACACCUACCAUACAAUUAUGAUCAACAUUACUCAGAUGCAUAAAUUUACCAUUUGCAACAGAAGCCAUGACAAAAGACAACCCAAUGGCAUAGGUUUCCAUACGUCAUGGGAAACCAUUUUUUCAAACCAAAUAAUAAAACUGACCCAGGGUAACUUGAACUGACAGAAAAAUAUAAUCACAGUGCCCUAUUGUUUCUACAUAUAGUACUGUUUUUUCUGCAUGUUCGUUAUGUUGUCAUCUCAGGCUAAAGGGUAGUAACAUUUCACAGUGACAAAAUAAAACUGCCUGAUCCCUGUGCAUGUCCCACUUCUGAUGAACCACUCCAAUUUACAAGCACUGUUACACAACUUUGUGCCUCUCUAUUAAAUAUUCAGAUAAGCAGUGCGAAUGAUUUACAAAGCACAGAUGUUGCCCUGCUAGUAUUUUUUUCUGCCUCUUAGGUUUUAUGGAGGAUCAUUCAAACCCAGUUGAGUUCCAGCUGAGGCACAAGUUAUCAAAUCAUAAUGGGACAUUAAACCUAUUGAGAAAGUACAAUUAAAGAUUAGGGCCAUGUAUAAACUGUAGACACGCAGGUGUUCAUUUUUAUGCACACCUUUACUGAAUAAAAUAGUCAUUUUUAGUUUUUGCUCUGCUGAUAUUUCAAAUAACCUACUUUAGAUUUGCGAAUGCGUUUCCGUCUAUUGGCUGAACUUUUUGGAAAGCCUUGAAUUGUAUUUUCGGAAUUAUGAGUCACACCCGAGUGUAAAUCACAAGAGCAAAAGAAAAAAAAGCACAUAAAGAAGAAGAAAACACAUUUAAGUUGUUCCAGAACAUAAGUCUCACUUUUAGGAGAAAUCCGCCACGCCCGGCGUAGUGUUGCGUUCACACUGAAUGCGAUUCGUGUGUCUAAUUUGCAUCCUCUUUUUCAAGUGCGUCAAAGUCACAUCCGCUGCCUCUUUUGAUGCAAUUGAUGCUCAAUGCUUGUCCAAAAAUGUGUUUAUAAACCAGAUGCUAACCUCAAUGCAAAUAAUAAAAAUAUAAAGUGCAAGAGGAAAACAAUCAGAUUCACCUCCAUGUUUGUUUGGACUGCACUUCUUCUGUGUCGCCAUCAGUAGCAAAUACUGAUACGCACACGCCUACAGUGCCCCCUAGCGGUUGUUAGUAGGAAAAUAAAUAGUAUAUGAGCCUAUGUAUUCAAAAAGUCACAUAAAAGUCGCUUAUGAGUAUAUGUGGCAUCCCUGGCCGUACUAUGCAAAAAAUCGCAACUUAUGCUCCAAAAAAUACAGUACGAGUUUUUUUUUUUUUCUUUUGAUCAGCUGUGGCAAACUGCCACCACGGAGUUGGAAAGUUCUGAAAAUGUAUCGCCCACCAGGUGUUGGUAGCACUCCUUUUGGCCCACUACACAGUAUGUCCAAGUAUGUGAGAGCAACAAGAACAUCAGAGAGUUCCCGAAAAGGUUUCGAAAUGGGUCUCUGUGGAAGGGUAAAGCCAUUCUGGAGGAGAAAACCUCCCAUUGCUCUCAGCCAGUAACCAUCGCAGGAGGCUUUUAACUUUCCAAAUGCUAAUUCAUCCACUUUCCUCCUUGUUGUUCUGCUGGGAAAUCAUCCCACCGUGAGGUUAAAAUAGGGGUUUUAGCAUUCAAGAAAGGUUACCCACACAAUUCAUCAAUAUAAGUUAAGUCAGAAGAAAAAUGUCAGAGUGCACUGUAACAUGAAGAGGGGAGGGAGUGUUUAAAUGACACUUUUUAUUAUUCCUCAUGGGUGACGGUUGGAUUAUGUGUCACAAACUCUGUUCUGCUGCAGAUGCAGUGGUACAUGGAGAGCAGCCGUGUGAAAAUACUUCUUUCAAAACGGUGUUUUCAUAGUCAUAAUAAUGGUUAAAAAAUCAUAAAAGCCAAAAGAAGUCACAAACAAACGUAAACACGGGUCACAUUUUAUUGCGAGAAUAUGUCAUGCCUCAAAGGAAAAGUGCAUAAAUUAUGCAAAGCAAGCGUUCAUUUAAAUAACUGGUCAUACUGACUGCUCACUCAGAAAAUGGUCCUUAAGGAAUUUUUGUGUGUUUGCGAGCCUAUGUCUGUGUUAAAGGACUAGACACACGAGGAUUACAAAGAAAAACUCUUUUAUUCUGACAUUUAAAUGAGAUUUUUUUUUAGUAGGACGUAAUCUUAGAUAUUUUUAACUUAUAGUUCAGAAAUGGGUGGAGGAGGAUGUCAAGGUCACGCUCAAGUUUUGCAUAAUUGCCAAAGGAGAUUACAAAAAAUUUUAAUCAAUAGGUUUUGAUCUUUCCUAGUAAACAUUUAACAAACUUUCCCAAAUCAUAUUAUUUCCCAUAGAACACAAGAGGAGAAAAGCUCAUGAGGCUGAAGAUGGGAAACAUAAUAUUGUCAUAUAUUCCGAGUUUAUUCAAGGUAUCCCAACAUUUCAUUAUUUGGGAGAUCUGUCAUAGUUGUAGUGCAUUGUGAAAUUUCCCACAUUAACAAAUUAGCAAGGCUUUCCACACCAAUAGCACAUGUUAAGGUUGCAAUAAAAAGGCAGUCAGGUCACAUCAAACUAAAAUUGUCUGACUUUUUCUGUCAAAUUGUCUUUGACCUUAAAUGAUCUCAUUCUGUCUGUUUGGCCUCUAUAACAAGAGGUUUUAUCUUUUCAACUGGGACAGAGGGACUUUAUUUGCAAGCCGUGCUCUAUUUCUAUUAUUUGAUGAAUAUCUUUAAGGGCAUUUUGCACAUCAGAAAUCAAUUCAUUCUACCUGUGCUCUAAAAUAUCUUUCUUUGGUAGAAAAGCAACACUAGAAAAUAAAACAACUUAGUUCUGUGCUGUUGUAAAAAUCAUAUUUAAAGAAAAAAACUCACUAAAGAGCUGACAAACGUGAAUUUUACAGGAAUGGUGGAGUCAAGCUCUGUAUAUAAAGGUGGCAAUUCGAUUUUGUACUGAUUCAUAAGGAAUUUGUAAAUUUGCCAUGUUCACUGGUUUGGAUGGUUAGGUAAGCACAGAUUACGGUGCACUAAACUGAUAAUGAAACUGUAAAAUGAAAUCAAUAUUUGUCAAUGAUUUUACUAUAUGAAUUGAUCAAAAAAAAGGUACAUAUUUUUAUAGGUGAAAAAAUGGCCAGGUGCAUUUGUAAAUAGAGCAAUGAUGCUUUUUUCCUUUAAAAAAUUUUUUUCAUUGUUUUUUUGUUGCAUUUUUAGUGGCUAAACUGUAACUUAAGCUGUAUUUUGGGGGAAUAUAAUUUUUUUCAUGUACAUAAAAAUACAUACAGUAAAUAUAUCUAUACUGUAAAUGUAAUUUUAAGAGUGAAUUCUGGUUUUAAAAACACUUGCAGGGUUUUCUUGUCGUCCACGCAUCAUUUUCCUCUGUGAUUGUGUUUUUUGCACAGUUUGGUGGAAUCUGUGUUUCGGCUCCGAGUCACCCCCUUGGAAUGAAUUAUCUUCCUUUUUUUUGCAUAUAUACACACAUUACCCCCCACUGUUCUCCUAGCAUUAUCCGCCUCUCGAGGGUUUUUGUUUUACUUUGUUGAAGUUUUUGAAAACUUGGUGUUGUUGCGAUGUGUUUAUUAUUCAGUAGGGCAUCUCUAACUAAUUUUUUUGUGACUCCACACCUCCUAACUUUUGAGGACAUAUGUUACUCAGUACCUUGACAAUUGUAAGUUCUCUUUUUAUGACCUCAUUGCUUUUUUUUAAUUUAUCCAGAUGGACUAGCAAUAUCACAAAGGGAGACUUUACAUUGUUCAUUUUAUUUUUUGGCAGAAAAAAUAAAUCCAGAUUAAUACUUUUACUUAAUAAAGAAUUUUUUUUUUCUUCAGGAGUUUCUUUUUCAAAAGAAGCUUUCAUUUUUACGUAUUAGAGUCUUAGGAAUUUUUGUGCAUCAGUUUCCCUCAUGUAAACAAAUUGUCAGUAAUACUGCCACCAAAAUCAUCACAUUAACCUCUUUGUUUUAGGUCUUUCUAGCAGCUGAGGGACUUGCAUUGUGAAUAUCUACAUAUCUGAUGAUAUGUAGGGACUAAGGCUAAAUUUCUGUUAUAAGUAUUUUAUAUUGGCAUAUAUGUUCCACAUAUUUCAUCGUCUUUGUCAAACAUGGUUCAAAUAUAGUAAAAUUCAAGCACAAUUUGUGUUUCGUAUGCAGGAAGUGAGCCAGGAAAUGUCUGAAUGUUUGUGUCAUUUUAUGAAACACCUUGUAGUUUACUAAUGAUUAUAACUGACAUUUUGUUUUCAGAAGUUUAACUGGUGAAAAUGUGAUUAUAUGUAUAUAUGUUACAGUUUAUAUAUAUAUAUAGUUACAACAUAUUCACAAAAUGCUGUUGAGGUAUCUUAAUAUUCACUGUCACUAGUGCAUUUGAUGAUUUUGGUGGCGAUUCUGUUCCUUUUUAUGACCCAGCAUAUAAAAGCAUCUGGAAAAUUGUUAAGUUUGUUUGUUGAUGUAAACUGAAGUUUAAAAGAAAGGAUCUAUUGUCAUUAAGUCAUUAACUGUUUGUAUUAAUUAUUUUGUAUGAAUGACCGUUCUUUGUCACAUUUACAGGUUUACUUGUUUCUUUUUACUAUUUAAUUGACACAUUUUGCCCAGCUACAACAAUGGAUCAUAUAUUCCAUCUGUUUUGUUACAUUAAUCUGUCUAAAAUAUAUUUUUAAUUCAAUAUGAAUAAAAAUCUGUCAAUAUUUAA